UGUAUCCUUUGAUGAGACCGCACAGUUCAAAAGAGAGCUGAUCGGUAAAGGUGCGAAACUAUGGAGGGGGAACUGAAGUGUCCCUCUUGUACAAAAUUUUAUGUCAAACCUGUUUUAUUAUCAUGUUCGCAUAAUCUGUGUUCAGGAUGUGCCCAUAAUUUGCAGGAUUCUGUGGAUAAAUUUUUACCUCAGACAGAAGAAAACAAUUCGGACCAAGGGGAUUUUCCAGAAAUUGACAAAUUAAGUAUUGUCAGUGAAACAGAUUCUGGGGUUGUUUGCAAUAGCAGACCAAGUAGUUACAUUAGUACACCAAGUAUUCAUAAUCUUUUCUUGUCAUCUACGCAACUGUCACAAGGCUGUGUGUAUGGAAUUAAAUGUCCUGUAUGCAAAAAAGUUACUUAUUUGGGUGAAACUGGAUUCCAGUCAUUACCUAGAAACCGUGUUUUGGAUAUAAUUGUUGAAAAAUUUACAGAUUCAAAAUCAGAGGAAAGCUUACCACAAAAGUGUGAAUUAUGUGAAAGUGAUAACCCUAAAGAUGCAACAGUAGUAUGUGAACAGUGUGAAGUGUGUUACUGUGACUCGUGCAGGGAACAUUGUCAUCCUGCACGUGGACCACUAGCAAAACAUAACUUGGUGGACCCAUUUCAGGGAAAGUCAUUAUUACGUGCAAAAUUAAAGCAAAAGGAUCAAAAAUGUUACGAGCAUACUGAAGAAGUGUUAAGUCUGUACUGUUUAACAUGUAAGAUCCCUAUGUGUAUAAUCUGUCAUCAGGAUGGGCCUCAUAUCAACCACGAGUCUCAGGCAAUAGGUGCUAUGUGCAAGUCUCAUAAGACUGACUUAUCACAGACAUUACAAGCAUUGUCAGAGAAGGCGAAAACGGAAACAGAAUUUAUACAGAAGUUAAAAGCAAUGACAGAGAGAAUUCCGGCCAAUUGUGUAGAAUUUGAAUCAGUUGUUGUCGCCCAAUGUGAUGCUUUAAUAGAGGCAAUACAUCAACGUAAACAAGAGUUACUGGACUUUGUGAGUGCAGAACGUGAUAUGAAGAUUAAGAUCCUGAAGGACCAGGCACACACGUGUACUGGUCAUCUACAGAAGACUACCAGUUUGCUGUAUUUCUGUGUCGAAGUGCUAAAAGAAUCGGACCCAGCAUCAUUUUUACAGAUCUCAAGUUCAUUAUUAAAUCGUGUGACAACAGUUGACCAGAAUUUCUUCAAGGAAAUAGAACUGGUACCACGUGUGUCGCCAGAAUUCGAACUCACUCUGGACAACACACCCGUUGUGCAUGCCAUACAAACAAUGAAUUUCUUCCAAAUGAAAGCUCCUGGUCAACCAACAAUCCUACCUGAAGAUUGCAGUGCAGAGAACAACAGUGUCACAAUUGCAUGGCAGCCAUAUCCAGGAAGUGUUGUUGAUGCCUAUACGUUAGAAUUAGAUGACGGCAAUGGUGGCGAUUUCAGGGUGGUGUAUAUUGGUCCAGAAAUGAUGUGUACAGUAGAUGGCCUUCAUUUUAACAGUAUCUACAAUGCACGUGUAAAAGGACAGAAUCAUGCUGGUGAGAGUGAAUACAGCGACUUAGUGAGUCUACAAACAGCGGAAGUGGCGUGGUUCAGCCUUGAUCCAACAACAGCUCAUCCUGACAUCAUCAUUUCUAACGACAAUCUGACGGCAACAUGUAACAGCUUCGAACAUCGCAUAAUCCUCGGGGGAGUUGGAUUCUCAAAGGGCGUUCACUAUUGGGAAGUGACGGUGGACCGGUACGAUAACAACACCGACCCUGCAAUAGGCAUUGCCAGAUUUGACGUCAGCAAGGCAGAUAUGCUAGGCAAAGAUGACAAGGGUUGGUGUAUGUACGUAGACAGUAAACGUAGCUGGUUCAUGCACUCAGACAUACACACAGACAGAACUGAGGGUGGAAUAAAGCGUGGCAGCGUGAUUGGAGUACUCCUUGAUCUUGAUCACAACACCCUCAGCUACUUCGUCAACGGAGAACCACAGGGACCCGUGGCAUUCACGAACCUUUGCGGAGUGUACUUCCCAGCAGUCAGUAUUAAUCGCAACGUUCAAGUAACGAUCCAUUCAGGACUCAACCCUCCCGUAGAAUGCGAGGACAGCGAGGAUUCUGCAGCUUAAGAUGAAAUUUGCUCGUCAGAUUUAGAACGUUUAUAGUCGUUUCUUCUCAUUACGUUGUUUCUUAGCAGAGUUUUUGUUUUAAUUAGUCUGGUUUAUUUUCUUCUUGAUAUUUAAGUUUGAUUGAUGAUCUUGCAAGAAAGAAUUUAAGUGACAAGAAUAAUUAGACAAAAUGGUUUCUCUAUUUUGAAAGCUAGAUUACAGACUGCAGUUUUCUGUAUAUUAAUUAAGGUAUUACUAGUUUUUGCAGUUGACUGGUAUAACAUAGGAUUUACGUAGGUGGAUAGUGAUAGUGAUCAAUAUUUCGCGGAAUAUUUUCUUGAAUUUAUUUUUGGUGAUAAUUCAUUCAUACUUAGACAUUUGAUUAUUUUACUUGAAUUUUUAAAUACUUUGAGUUGUGAUCAAAAUUUUAAAUGAACCUGGCAGAAGAGUGGUGAUUUUUGUCAUUGGUUUUCAUAAUUAUUUGUCAUACAGUGUGCUUCAUUUUUCAUAUCGAGGGUUCAACGCAAUAAGGGCGUAACUACAUUUUUGAAAACUUUACAAGAGAAGAAAAAAACUACUUUGUUUUCUUCUGUGUUCAGUCACAUACAAAUUUACCAAAGUUUUUCACUUAAUAUUAGACAUGUUAUAUGAAACAUUAAACAACAUGAAUGAAAUUUGACAAAAUAACAAUAUAUUUUACAACAUUUGACUUAAGCCCUUAUUGCAUGAUUUUUCAUGUAAAUCUGGAGUAAUUUUAUAUGCAAGAUGGGCGUAAGUGGACUUACGCCUUUAUUGCAGGAAAUUUUCUGUUGAAGUUGGUAAAAUUGUGUCAUGCAACAAGGUAGUAUGUACAAAAAAGUAAAUACAACUAAAGCAUACUAGCACUUUUAUACUCAUUUUAAAUGAAACAUGUAAGAACAUAAUUGAAACUGAAGAAUGUAACAGCCUAUUUUAAAGUAUCAGACUUAACAGCAAGAUUUUUUCAUGUAAAUCCGGAGAGAUUGUAUUUGCAAAAUGGGCAAAAGUGUUCUUUUGCAGUAAAAUUUCAAUUAAAGUCUCUGAUGAAUUUAAUAUUUUUUUCACGUAAAAUGGUAUUACUAUACAACAGAAUAGAAUCAUAAAAAACUAAUUUAUGUCUGCAUUUUCUUUAAUUAAACUUAAUAUUACACAUCUCAUUUUUUUUCCUCCAGACCUGAAUGAAUAUCUUUCUAUUUGGCACUAUAAUAAAGGGAAAACAACAACAACAACAAAAGACUUUAAAAUAGCAAAGCGGUAUAUAGGGAGUCUAUCAAAUAUCAAAUAGGACAAAUGAAAUCUGUCAGUCACUCUAUUUCUUAAAUUUCAGUCUUGCAAGCUUUAUCAAAGACAAAUGACAUUAAUUGUAUAUCUGACAAAAUGAAAACACCACAAAAUACAGGAUAUGACACACAGGAGAUGGCCUCAGUUACCACAGCACAGUAACAGCAUCUUUGCUGCAUGUUAUAACAUGGCAAUUUUCCUUGCCUAUUAAUUAAUAAACUGGAACGGGGAGCGGUAGUCUAGUGGAUAAGGUGUCAACCGCUCAUUCAUGGGGUCGUGGGUUUGAGCCCCACUGGGGUCACAACCAUGACCUCUCAUAUGACACCAGUAUUGGAUUUUCCAGAAGCAGACACAAGAGUGGUUCCAAACUGAAAACUAGAUGUGUGUAUAAAGGACACAGGUGCCCCCACCUCCUGUCACUGUACAUAAUUAUUAUUAUUAUACCAGAUUUAUAUAGCGCCCUUUUCAUGAUCAAUUUCACGUUCAAAGGCGCUUUACAUAGUUCAAAUGCAGCCACACAGGGCGCAUAAUUCAUCCUCUACUAGUACAGACACAGAGCGAUCUGACCAGAGCGACAGAGUGAGACAAAGCCCCCAUACAGAUACAGGCUUGUCCGGCUAACUUAGCCUAGCUCGUUGCGAAUAGACAGCCUGGUUCUUUAACGUGCCCAGUGUAUAGCACUGAUACACGCAAGGAUUGCCUGGGUUCCUGACCAGUACACCUCUAGUUGGGUGGGAAAGCAUUUCUGAAAAUUCCAGAGUAGCUGCCGAAGAUCGAACCCCUGACCUCAGGAUUGGAAGGCCAGUGUGCAAACCACUGAGCUAUCCGUCCACCUAUACAUCAUGGUUUCAUGACUCUGGGUGAAAUAUCUUAAAUACAUGCAACACAAUUGUAAUAAAUGUUUCAUCACUUUAAUGUGUAUUUUUCGCUAAGUCAAAGACCAUAACUCCUGACUGGCUGAAUGAAAUCUUAAACAGAACACCCAAAUGUACAAGUUCACAUGUUAUAACAAUCCCCUGAUGUUUUCUGACUCUAAUUCAAAUACUUCUUGAGAUGCAGGCAACACAAACUUGUUUGCCCUUUAUGCAUUGUUUGACUUAAUCAAGGCCCAUGACACUAGUAUGACCAAAAGAAAUCCUGAAUAAACCUUAGGUGCACAAAUUUCCAUGCUGAAUAAUAUUUAUCCUCUUUGACCCAAGGUCAAAUACGUUUUAAGAUAAAGUGUGACACAAACUUUUAUAUUCGUUUUAUGCAUAUUUUUUAUUAAGUGAAGGGCCAUAACUCUGGUCUGGCUGAAUAAAAUCACAAACAAUACCCAAGGGGGCAGGCACAGAACUUCUGAAUAAUAAUCCUGUAAUGUUUCAUAAUCUCUAAUGUCAAAUACUUUCUGAGUUACUGUUAUAUGACACAGACUUAAAAUAAAAUGCUGGUCAGCUGUGAGAGAUCCAAAUUAAAAUACUAGCUAGGUGCACAAUUUCACUUAAUGGAGCUUGAUGACACUUUGUAAAAUACCUUUUUUGAGAUAUGUACAACAUAAAUUUGGACGAAAAUACAAGGGCAACUCAAAGUGCCUCCAUCCAACCCUUGCUCACGAAAUUUUGGGUGGCUCAAAAAUCACACAGUGACUGUAACAAUGUUAAUACCAAAAGAAUCUGUAUAGUUGCAGAUUUAGCAUGCCUAUCAUUUGACAUAUUCCACCUGAGCACAAUGCAAGAACCACAAAUUGGUUUAUAAGUAAAUAUAAGAAGAUAAAAACGCCCAGGAAAUUUGCUGAAAUGGCAUAGAAAAUAUGUGGUAAGUACCGGUAUACAAAACAAGAGCACAGCCUUGUGGGUGCAGAUGCUCAUCUGAUUUUAUUGUCUCUGUAUAAUAGAAAUAUUAUCUACCCAUGAUUUUCUAAGUUCAAAAGGGGCCAUAAUUCUUGCAAAAACAAUUUAAAAUUACGGUACUUGCUUUGCAGAGUCAGCGAAUACCUUCACCAAGAAUUAAAGCAAUAGCUUUGACCUUUAAGGAGAAAAGUUGACCUAAAUGCAAAAUUUAACUAAAAAAAACAAACAAAAAAACUGAUAUUUUCCUAUUCCAAAAGGGGCCAUGAUUCUUGCAAAAAGCAGGAUGGAGUUAUGUUUCUUGCUGCACAUAGUCAGUUACUGAUGUUGAACAAGUGUUGCAAGUUUUAAAGCAUGCGGACACUGACGCAGACGUUGACACCUAUCAAGCGAUGACAAUAAAAAAAAAAUCAGAUAAGCUAAAAAGCUUCGAAUAUUACCAAACUGGCUUCAUGUAUUAUUAUGUUACUGAAUAAUACAGACACACUUACAUUUCAAAGAAUGUAUGCUGUAUGUCUUAGGCUGUGGCUGUUCACUGUAAACUAUAGCCUGAAGUACUGGCUUUUGAUGUAUGACACCUUUUUGACUUUCAUUUUAUUAUUAAAGUAACUAAAUUUUUUAAAAAAAUGCACAUUUUUACCUCAUUUUGAAUAUUUUGUUUCUUUUGGUGCCAUACAACUGAAAUUUUUGUACAGAUUAUUGAGGAGUUUUUCCUAGGCCAGACGCCUUUCUUGUAUUAUCACAUUUCAUUGCUGGACUUCCCCUUUUAUAUGUACAUAGAGUUUCAUCUAUAGUUUUUGUGGACUAUAAUCCUUUUGCAAUACUGUAUCGAGUAAGCAGGCACAAGUGUAAAAAUCUUCAAGUAAUUGGUACUGCAAUUUAUUUGUUUUCAAGAAAAUCAUUUUUUAACUCCCUUACAUUUUUCAAGGGCAUAAAAAUAUUUUUUAACCAUGAUACAUCUUAAAAAGCCUGCAAGGAUAUAGAACAUGGACUUACUUCGACCAUGGUACAACUUUACAAAAUUCAAGGAAAUUGAAAUAUUUCCUACCAUGAUACACCUUUAAAUAUCUUUAAGAACAAGGAUACACCUUUAAAAAUCUUUAAGAAUACAGAAUAUAGACUUACUUUAAUCAUGAUACACCUUCUGCAGUCUUCAAGAAUAGAGUAUAGCCUUUUUAUAACCUAGCCCAAUUAAUAUUUUUAAACUGUUAAUUUUGGAUAAAAUGUUAAUAUAUUCAUUUUAUUUUACGAGAAUAGAAAUCUUUCUAUUUGGCAAUAAUUAUUGUGGGGCAAGUAUGGCUUUCACUUUGAAAGUAUUGGGCUAUUAGUGUAUUAAGUAGCAGUAAGAUGAAUGGGGGUCUAGCUAAAUUUGAUAUUAACAUAUCCAUGCACACAGGAUGAAUCUACCAUUUGUAAGUACUGACUCUCAUAAGCAUAAAAAAAGCUUUUCUUGACUUCAAUGUCAUAAAAUGUGACAAUACUACAUUUACUUUAAGGGUCAUGCAUCAGGAUAAUGCCCUUGAUACCUUAUGAUGUCAUCAUUAUGACAUCACAGAAAUUAUCUGAUUACACAAGCCUGUAUGGCAUGAUAGAUAUUAAGACUACUGGAUACUUUUUUGCAUGCAAUAAGGCAGUAAGUCAACUUACUUCCAUAUUGCGCAUAAAAAUCAAGGCAAUCUGAGAUACGCCCUUAUUGCAAUAUCAAAAUAAUGAUAUAAAUAACUGAAACAUCUGGUUUAAAUUUUCACAGUAUAUAAAUUAGGUCAAAAUAAAGUGAAAAAUCAAAAAAAGCGAUUUUUGGUAAAAUAUGUAGAUACGCCCCUAUUGCGUUGAACCCUCGAUAUACCAUUGUUAAAACAUGUUUUAUUCAUAAAUCUGUAUAUUUUGAUAAAUGUGAUAGCUUUUUAUGUCUGUUGUAGCAUCAGUUUUAGUAUAUUUUAUUAGGCAGACAUGUCUAUUUUUCUGCUAAUAUUUAUAUGAAAGACUUGUCUCUUUCUGCUGGACUUAUUUUUGCUAGAUGAAAUUCAUCACCAGCUUGCAAUUGUUCUAGCCUCAGGUGAUUUUUAGCUCACCUGUCACAAAGUGACAAGGUGAGCUUUUGUGAUCGCACGGUGUCCGUUGUGCGUCAGUGCGUGCAUGCGUCCGUAAACUUUUGCUUGUGACCACUCUAGAGGUCACAUAUUUCAUGGGAUCUUUAUGAAAGUCGGUCAGAAUGUUCAUCUUGAUGAUAUCUAGGUCAAGUUCGAAACUGGGUCACGUGCCAUCAAAAACUAGGUCAGUAGAUCUAAAAAUAGAAAAACCUUGUGACCUCUCUAGAGGCCAUAUAUUUCACAAGAUCUUCAUGAAAAUUGGUCAGAAUGUUCACCUUGAUGAUAUCUAGGUCAGGUUCGAAACUGGGUCACGUGCCUUCAAAAACUAGGUCAGUAGGUCUAAAAAUAGAAAAACCUUGUGACCUCUCUAGAGGCCAUAUAUUUCAAAAGAUCUUCAUGAAAAUUGGUCAGAACGUUCACCUUGAUGAUAUCUAGGUCAAGUUCGAAAUUGGGUCACGUGCCGUCAAAAACUAGGUCAGUAGGUCAAAUAAUAGAAAAACCUUGUGACCUCUCUAAAGGCCAUAUUUUUCAAUGGAUCUGUAUGAAAGUUGGUCUGAAUGUUCGUCUUGAUGAUAUCUAGGUCAAGUUCGAAACUGGGUCACGUGCGGUCAAAAACUAGGUCAGUAGGUCUAAAAAUAGAAAAACCUUGUGACCUCUCUAGAGGCCAUAUAUUUCAUGAGAUCUUCAUGAAAAUUGGUCAGAAUGUUCACCUUGAUGAUAUCUAGGUCAAUUGCGAAAGUGGGUCACGUGCCAACAAAAACUAGGUCAGUAGGUCAAAUAAUAGAAAAACCUUGUGACCUCUCUAGAGGCCAUAUUUUUUAUGGGAUCUGUAUGAAAGUUGGUCUGAAUGUUCAUCUUGAUGAUAUCUAGGUCAAGUUCGAAAGUGGGUCAUGUGCCUUCAAAAACUAGGUCAGUAGGUCAAAUAAUAGAUGAUAUCUAGGUCAAGUUCGAAACAGGGUCAUGUGCGGUCAAAAACUAGGUCAGUAGGUCUAAAAAUAGAAAAACCUUGUGACCUCUCUAGAGGCCAUACUUAUGAAUGGAUCUCCAUAAAAAUUGGUCAGAAUGUUCACCUUGAUGAUAUCUAGGUCAAAUUUGAAACUGGGUCACGUGCCUUAAAAAACUAGGUCAGUAGGUCAAAUAAUAAAAAAACCUUGUGACCUCUCUAGAGGCCAUACUUUUCAUGGGAUCUGUAUGAAAGUUGGUCUGAAUGUUCAUCUUGAUGAUAUCUAGGUCAAGUUCGAAACUGGGUCAACUGCGGUCAAAAACUAGGUCAGUAGGUCUAAAAUUAUUAAAAUCUUUUGACUUCUCUAGAGGCCAUAUUUUUCAAUGGAUCUUCAUGAAAAUUGAUCUGAAUGUUCACCUUGAUGAUAUCUAGGUCAGUUUCGAAACUGGGUCACGUGCGGUCAAAAACUAGGCCAGUAGGUAUAAAAAUAGAAAAACCUUGUGACCUCUCUAGAGGCCAUAUUUUUCAUGAGAUCUUCAUGAAAAUUAGUGAGAAUGUUCAUCUUGAUGAUAUCUAGGUAAAGUUGAAAACAGGGUCACGUACCUUCGAAAACUAGGUCAAUAGGUCAAAUAAUAGAAAAACCUUGUGACCUCUCUAGAGACCAUAUUUUUCAAUGGAUCUUCAUGAAAAUUGGUCAGAAUUUUUUUCUUGAUAAUAUCUAGGUCAAGUUCAAAACUGGGUCACAUGAGCUCAAAAACUAGGUCACUAUGUCAAAUAAUAGAAAAAACGACGUCAUACUCAAAACUGGGUCAUGUGGGAAGAGGUGAGCGAUUCAGGACCAUCAUGGUCCUCUUGUUUUAAAAGUCUAAUGAAUUUCUUAUUGCACAGAAAAUGUGGUUUUGAAUUAUAACGUAAAUGAUUAUUUUUGUCUCAGUUUGAAUUAAAUGGUAUUAUUUUAUUUUGUUUUCUGUAAAAAAAUUUCUACUGUUCUAUUAACCUUUUUUCCGAGCUCACAUAAACCAGUGGUAUAGGGUGGGCUGUUGUGAUGGUCUGUGUCUAUAGUCCCUAACCCAGUGUAAGUUCUUUACUUUUAAGGACCUUUGAGUGGACAACAUGUUGGGUCUGCCAAACUUGACCAGAAACAUGGACCUAUCGCAGAUUUGUUUAAAUGGAUAAGAGCUAAAAAUGGAAAAAAACACAAUUUUAAACAACAUCUGCUCAUGAACCAAACUUGGUCUGUAGCAUCCUUGUAAGGUCCUCUCUUAAGUCUGUUCAAAGAUUCAACUUGGCUCCUUUUAAGGGUUGCCAGAGCUAAAAAUAAAAUAAUCUUAACACAACUUCUUAUCAUCAACUGUUUGUUGUUAUCUUCCAUGAUGCAGUAUUUUAUGUCAUAAUAUAUUUCAAGGCUAAUGAGCCACUUAGGGCCUGUUGUAUUUAAUUUCUUCAUUAUAUUUGCAAGAGUAAGUUUUUAAGUUGUACCUCAUUCUAUAAGUCUUCAUGUGUGGUUAUGGGUACAUUUGAGUUCUGAAAAUACUUUGAAACAUUUUAAUUGUAUGGGUAAUAAUGUAAGCAGGCAUAGAAGAAAAUUUUGGGGCUAUAUUUGUAUAAUGUUAUAAUGUUUACUCAAGUAUGACCUGAUUGUUACAUUAAAAAAUUUAUGCUAAUUAAGAUACCGGUAUUCUGAAAGUUUCAUAGGGAUCCAGCAACACUUGAAGUCAAAAAAUGCAGUUUAGAAAAAGAAACCAGUGUGUCUGAAAUUCAAUGGAAAAUACCCUAUCAAAUUUGUUGUAAAUGAAAUCAUAAGUACUCAAGAUAUUUUUUUUUUUUUUUUUUUUUUUUUAAGUUCCUUUUCCUACCAUUGAGUUCUGUAGAAGGAUAUAUAAAUGGUGUAGAAUUAUUUCAAAAGAGAGGUAGACAAAAAAUUAUUACAGAAUAUUUGGAGUAUAUCAAAAAUAAAUCAUGUACAUAUAUGUAAGCAUGUGCAUAUUAAAUGACUUAACAUGUGUAUUACCUCAAAUAUUGCACUGUAAAACACAAUUUUAUUGCAUUUCUAUUUGAACAAUAUAACACAAAUAGGUUCUGUAACUGUUUGUUUCAUUUCAUGCAGAACUGUCUCCAUGUAAUACAUUAAUAAACUAUUUUACAAACUAAUUUUAGGAAGAAAGUUUCUCAGAUUUUAGAACAUGGAUGAAACUAGGCCAACGUGUUUACCCAUAUAAUCUUACAGUCCUGCAUUCAGAAAAGUCCUUCCAGUAGGAAGUAUAGACCCCCUAGGAAAUUUAUUUCUCGGGAUUACCGGUAUGUAAUAAUGGCUUUAGAAAUUGUACAAGAUAGUGGCAUUUAUUUUGUCAAAGUGCAACAUGUUUAUGGUUUAGAGAAUGAAGAAAAUUUUUACAAUAGAUAGAAAGAAUAAAGUUAAAUGAGCUGCACCAUGAGAAAACCAACAUAGUGCAUUUGUGACCAGCAUGGAUCCAGACCAGCCUGUGCAGUCUGGUCAGGAUCCAUGCUGUUUGCUAACAGUUUCCCUAAUUGCAAUAGGCAUUGAAAGUGAACAGCAUGGAUCCUGACCAGACUGAGUGGAUGCACAGGCUGGUCUGGAUCCAUGCUGGUCGCAAACGCACUAUGUUGGUUUUCUCAUGGCGUUGCUCAAAUGUUGGCAAGUUGUAUCAUCCCAGUCUGGUCUGUCUAUCAUAGAACAUUCAGUAUCAUCAUAAAUAUGAUUAUAGUAUUACUCAUGCCUUUAUUUCAUGCCAUCAUUUCUUGAAAGGGUAAAAUUUUCUAUCCAUGAUGUAUUUAUUUACAUAUUAUCAAGUGUUAUCAUUGAUAUAUAUAGUUAAUAUAUCGUGAAAUUUUAGAAAAAUUUUCCUCUCAGGCAAAAAAUGUACUAACAUUAGAUUGAUGGAAACAUAUUAAAAUUGAAAAAAAGGCACUCGACUAUCAGAUUUUUCUGAAAAUAUUGAUGUUACAUUAAAUAAUGAUGAAAGGGUACAAUUCCGUAGAAAGAUGUUAAUUUUGAUUUCAUGAUUUGAUAUAACCGACUUUACUGACUCACUAUAAUUGGAUUCCAGUGUAUGUACAUGUAUAUAUAGUAUACUGAUUUGCUAUAGAAUUUUUCUGCUUGUACAUUUUCAGUGCAUUACACAAUUCUUUCUGCAACGUACAGUCGCAUUUGCUUGAGGGACCUUUUUUUUUCAAGAGACCACAUGCAUUAAUAGACCACUUUUUCAGUUCCUUUUUGUUUUAUUAAAGAACAAAAUUAUGUUUUAUUAAGAGAUCAUAAAUUUUGUGUUAAGAGACCACUUUAUCCUUCCAUUAGGUGGUCUCUUAAUUAAGUUGUACUGUAGUACCAAAGUAACCAGUUUAGAUAGAAUAAAACAUUUCUACCAAAGAUACUGAGUUUCUUUGGACCCUAAAGUAAGAUCUGUUCAGGUUUAAGAGACUUACAGAUGUAAUUAUUUCUGUCCAUUGUAUGUAAUAUAUUAUAACUCAUCAUCAGCAUGUUAUUAAUCAUCAACUUGGAAUUCAUCACCACAACGGAAUUUAUCAUCAACACUUAAUUCAUCAUCAACACUUAAUUCAUCAUCAGCACGUAAUUCAUCAUCAACACUUAAUUCAUCAUCAACACUUAAUUCAUCACCACAACGGAAUUCAUCAUCAACACUUAAUUCAUCAUCAACACUUAAUUCAUCAUCAACACUUAAUUCAUCACCACAACGGAAUUCAUCAUCAACACUUAAUUCAUCAUCAACACUUAAUUCAUCAUCAACACUUAAUUCAUCAUCAGCACAUAAUUCAUCAUCAACACGUAAUUCAUCAUCAACAUGUAAUUCAUGGUCAACAUCAUCUAGAUACAGACAAGAGAGGUCCAGUAUUAUUUCAGCGAAGCCUUGAAUUUUGAGGUGUACAUAUCCUUAUCACUGCCAGAUUAUAUACACAACUUCAUACUCUCAUCUUCCUUAAAAAAGAUUUAUUGCUUAAGCUUAUAUAGUGUGAUAAUGUUGGGGACUACUUUUUCAAGCCUAUCCUGGUUGUUUAUUUAUUUUCAGCAUUUCAUAAAGUGAAUGAGAUGCAUCAGAAGAGAUGAGGGUUAAAUUUAAAUUCAUUUAUAGUUGAUUUGCAACAUGGGCAAUUCUGUUUUCUCAAUACUAAUAAAUUUACCGAUAGUUGCUUUUUCCAACUACACAGCUUUUUUUGAAGCACGUUGUAUUCAGUAGAAUUACCAUAAUUUCACAUUUUAGUGAUAAAUUGUUAUUUUCAUUACUGGUAUGCGGUGCAUUUAUGUUAAGAACAAAAGUAGUGCUUCUAUUAAGUGAACAAAAUUAAUCUUGGAACACAUUGGUUGCUAUGAUGUUGCUAUGCUUGUAACACUAUUACGUUCCUGUUUUAUAGGAACUGGACUUUGUGUGCCGAGUAUAGACCUUGCAUCCUCAGAAAUAGUGUGUAAGGUUGGCUUUUAGUUAGUUUUUCUUACGUUUUAUUAAAUUGAUUUUAUGUCAUAUUAUUUAUUUAUUACAUCAUGUUUUUGUAUUCACGAAAAAUGAAUCCAUCAUUAAAUAUUUAUAUUUGUCUAGAUUUAGACUUUUGACCAGAUUGUGACCAAUAAUAAAAUUGCUGAAAACUA